AUGAGCCUGCCAUUCAUGGCAAGCCUGCUGGGCCGCCGCGCUCAGAGGAAGGCCAAGAAGGCCAAGAAGGCCAAAAAGGCGGCGGCCCCGACGACGAAGCAGGAGGAGGGCCACCUGGCCGAGGGCGCGACAGCCCCGUCGCCCUGGAAGGCAGCGGCACCACCGAUGAAGAAGCCGAGGAGCAAGAAAAGGCCUGCCGCUGCCCCGAAGGCGAAAGGAAAAGCUAAGGCCAAAGCUGCAGCCACGUCCACGCCACCAGCUGCAGCGAAGGAGCCCGCAGCAGCGGGCGCCCCCGUGCACACGGGGGAGAUCGUGUGGCCGCCGCCAGAUACUCACGGAGGGAUCUAUAGCUACGACGUCGACGGCGGCCGCACGUGCACCAUCAAGAUGAAGCGCCGCCAGAGUGAGCGCAUAAGCACAAUAUACUUCAGGGUCGUCCCAGGGGACGGCUGGAAACAACUCAUCCAGGUCACGGACAAGAGCAUGACGUCGGCCAUGGUGCAGCAGCUCGAGGUCACCAACAGCGCUGAGGCGGCCGACGCGACGAUACGGUACCUGUUCAACAAAAUGUGCGACGGCAAGAUCGCAGCAGGCAACGUCGGCGCGAUUAAGGAGCAUGCGAAGGUGUAUAGGGAUCAGGCGUACACCGAGCUCGGGCUGGCCUGCUGA